AUGGGCGUUCACGAGAUUCGCGGGCCACUUGCGCUAGCUGGAACAGAGCCUGGUGGCUUUGUUAAUGGGGAUGCAUUUGAUAUUCUCUUUGUGCAACACGAAGAAAGUAUCGCACUUCCGGUCUUUGCUCUGUUGUCUUCGCAUGGCCAUAUCGCUAACUUUAUUAUGUCCACCGGCGCUCAGGAUUCUUAUGAUGGACGCCUGGAUUUUGAUCUUAUUUCUUACGACCACCUGAUAUUACCUUGCAAACCAUCGGCUUCAGUCCCAUACUGCCUGCAGACUGAUCCUACGCAGCAUGACAGAUAUCUUGUCCUCUGUGGCACCAAUCUUUUUUCUGUUGCUAUUGGCAAAUGGGCAUAUUCACUGUCGAAGACGUUGCUGACAGACAUGAAUUUUGAAAAAUGUUCAAGCGAUUUGUUGGAUUCAAAACUGCAGCAUGUAUUCUGUGUGGUUGGCAGCACCUCGGAGUCGGAAGAUUGCAUAACAAUGGCAACCACUGUUAUGGUAAGCAGCGAUGAGUGCGGGAUUUGUGUCAGUGGUGUGCCCAGCACAUUUGGUGAACAGCACAUAGCCUUCGUUGCUGUCACUUCCUCAAAGCAGUUCCUUACCAAAUUUGCUAUACUGGAUGAUGCCUCGAAUAAUAGAAGACACGUCGCCAGGCAGCUCAUUAGACCGGCCGAACAGAAAUCACAGAACUAUCUUCUGGAGGAGUGUGAGAAAAUUUUGCAAUCUCAGGUUACAGUACCAAAGUUCAGGAUCACUCGCAUUCUUUUUUCCAGGUUAAAUAGUUCAGUCACGGAAGAAGAAGCUAUAGCAUUUGCAAACAGAGUUGUGGAAACGUUGAUGACGAACAUGCGUAUCACGAAAACUGCCUUCGAGAAAGCGCAGCAUAUGUAA